UUGGUGUUUAUAUUAGAAGUUUACUUUGCAAUGUAUUUUUACCCGUAUGGUAUGUUUUUUCCACAUACCUAUCUAAUUCGCGUAAGAAUAGCAAAAUAUUAUAAAAUAAAGGUACACAUAUAUUUUAUAGUUACUGAAUAUAGCAAUACAUUUUAAGACGGAAGAAUAGCUUUUUGAAUCUAACGAAAUAACGCUAAUUUUUGUAUUAAAUUCCAUUUCGGGAGAAAACGUUUUCCACUAACUAAAUCUUAACAAAUCACUUUGAUUUUGAUGUCGAUCGCUUCAGCAUAAUAUAUUCUAAGUUUAUAGGUUUCGCUUUAAAAAAAUAAAAAUAAAAGAAUAAUAAAAAAAUAUGGGGAAAGGAACAUGUUUAGAAGUGGAAAAACGUUCUCCUCCCCUCCUCUCCUCGUUCUCGUUCCCUGCCAGAUAAGAUGUCAAAACUGACAUCUAUUUUGUCAAUUGAAAUGUAAAAACUGAAUGACAUUAUAUGUCAAAACCUUACAUCUUAUUGGCAUGAAACCAUAGAUAAACCAUAUAUUUUACUUACGUAAUAAAGUAAGGACGCUAAGCACAAAGAAUUUCGUACGUUCACACGUCAUUUCCUAUCUCUAUCGGACACGCAUGAUUAUAUUGCUGUCCAUCUCGCACAGCGUCAUUGACCGCCGGUAUCACGGGACAGACAUAAUUACGCGCGUGCGAUAGAGUUAGCGUCCAUACCAUAUAUUGCAUUUCAUUACACUUCGCGGAGUGUAAUACACCCAUUCGGGGGUAGGCCGAAAAAACAUAAGCACAUAUCAUCUUGUAUUAAUUUUUAUUUUAAAUAGUAAAAGUAUUUUAUGUGGUGUAAAUCAUAUAUAUAAUUAAUGACUAGGUGAUAGCCACUACCUACCAGCAGUUCUCUUCACUUAAUUCACUCUUCUUCCUUAAUUAACACUGUUUCCUGUUUUGCUGACUGUCACUUCACCACUACACAACAAUGGAGGGCAUCCAGAAGUCCAUAGCAGAGUUAGCGGAGUCUUUCAACACUACAAUGGCAGACUUUCAGAGCCAAAUUGACAAGGCUACUCCGGAGAGUCCAACAGUGUCAUCUGUUGCCACGCAGUUCAGUGCUUUCCGAGCGUUUACACUUAAGGCUAUAGAGUCACUGCAGCAACAGGUUGAGCUGCUGGACCAGCAUAUGGACAGUAUGGAGAUGCGGUCGAGGCGCAAGAUCCUCCUAAUUCACGGGGUGGCAGAGGCUACUAAUGAAGACACUUCAGCACGGGUUGUGGAUUUACUGAAGAUGCAUCUAAAGGCCGACUUGACCACCGACAAGAUUUCCCGCAGCCAUCGUAUGGGACGCCCGCGCAGCAAUAAGACCAGGUGCAUUCUCGUUAAAUUUAGAGAUAUAUCUGACCGCAAUGCUACCUGGUCUGCAAAAACUGCACUGAAAGGGACUGGCGUCAUCAUCUCAGAGUUCCUGACCAAGCCACGGCACGAGGUAUUCAUGGCGGCCAGGGAGCGCUUCGGAGUCCGCAACUGCUACACACGAGAAGGCAGUGUAUUCGUCUUGGUCAAGGAUGGGGAUCGUCGCUGCGUAACUUGCCGAGCCGACCUCGAUAAGAUUCAGGUACCACCGCCUGCGCCUGCGCCUGUCGCUGGUGCUGUCAGUUCGGCUGGAGCGGCAGUUGAUCAACAGUUGACCAAAAGGACGAGAAAACAGAUAGCUCGUUCUUGAUUUGACUUUGAGUUAUUUAUUUAAUACUUAAUUUUUGACCUUGUUUGUAACUUCUGCAUUUAGCUGUUUAAUACGUUGCAAUAUACCCUCUUUUUUAUAUAAUAUAAAGCGUUCUCUUCGGUCGGUUAAUAUCUACUUAGUUGUAAUAAAUGUGGGUUGCGAUAAAACUGAUAAAAUAUAUUCUCAAACUGACAGUCAGUCACUUGACGUCUGUCAUUGAUGGCACUUUUCAGUGUUGUCAGUAUUGCAUUUUGCGUUUCGUAUUUGCACUCACUAAUUUUUAUCUGUGAUUUGGUACUGCUGGCGGGUAGUCAGAAUUUUGUGUUAUAGUUAUUUUAGUGUUAUUUUUAUAACUAUAUAUAAAUAAUUGUUUUCAUAUAUAUAUAUUUAUAUUUAUUUAAAGGCAAUGUCUUGUUUAACUAAUAGCGAUCUAAGCGAUCUCAGUGAUUUUGUCUCGGCUUCGUCUAAUGAUAGUUUUCAUAGUCUCCCUCUCCCUCUACACGACCAA